UUCAGUUAGUAUCGAGCAAUUAUCGAGGAAAGGAAAUGGGGAAGAAUAUAUAUGAUGUUGAAAAGGCGCCCAAAAACGGCAAACAAUCGAUAAGAAUAUCCAAAAUAUCUGUUCAUGAUGAAAAAACAAAUGGAGAAACAAAGAAAGAUGAUUUAAAAGAUCCAGAAGUUGAUAUAAAAGAUCCGAAUCAUAGUGACGCUCCACCACCACCGGAAAAAACUUCGUUAUUUGAAUUAUUUCGCUUUGCGGACGCUAAGGACCGCUUGCUUAUACUAUUAGGUACUUUGGCAGCAAUGAUAGUGGGUAGUGGGACGCCCGUAAAUGUUCUAAUUUAUGGUCAAGUUAUUGAUAUUUUUGUGGAAACUGCACUAUACAAAGCUGCUAGAGAAAACGUUACCAAUUCUUUGCCUCCGAAUACAAAUGAGAGCAUAAUUGACGAGAUAUUAAGAAGUGAGAAUAUUACUUACAAGGGAAGCAAUUUCGACAGAGUUAAAAAGUUUUUACCCUAUUUUAUAAUAAAUGCCUCUGUUGUUCUGCUAUUUGGAAUUGUUCAAAUGGGUGGAUGGAUGUUAUCAGCGGAAAGACAAACAAGGGUUAUAAGAAAAAAGACUUUAAAUAAAAUUCUUAGGAUGCAUAUUGGAUGGUUUGAUACAAAUCCUUCAGGAGAAUUGAAUACAAAAAUGACAGAAGGUAUCAAAUCGAUAAAUGAUGGUAUUGGAGAAAAGUUGGCAACGUUUAUUCAGUGGUUUACUACAUUUAUUGUAGGUUAUAUAAUGGGAUUUGUUAGAGGAUGGAAAUUGGCUCUUGUUAUUAUUUCUACUUCUCCUUUAAUUGCUGUUUGUAUCGUUUUCAUAGCAAAAGUUGUAAGGUCAAUGACAACUAAGGAAAUACAAACCUAUGCAAAGGCUGGUGCAAUUGCUGAAGAAGCACUAUCGUCUAUUCGUAUUGUGUCUGCAUUCGGAGGAGAGGAUAAAGAAGCUAAACGCUACGACGGGCAUCUUGAAAAGGCUCGAAAUAUGGGAGUCAAAAAGAAUCUGCUGUUCGGUCUUGGUCAAGGUACCUUUUGGAUUGUUUUAUUCGGAACUUUAGCUAUAGCAUUUUGGUUUGGAAGCAAACUUGUUCGAGAAGAAGAAUUAUCGCCUGGAGAAAUGAUUCAAGUACUCUUUAACAUUCUUAUGGGUACCAUAGCUUUGGGUAAUGCUAUGCCGAAUAUUGAACAAAUAGCUCAGGCUCAAAGUGCUGCAGCAGCCGUCUAUAAACUUAUAGAUCUUGAGAGCGAGAUCGACAGCGCUUCGAAUGAAGGCCACAAACCCGUUUCCGUAGAAGGUGAUAUUUUAUUAGAAAAUAUCCACUUUAACUAUCCAUCAAGACCAGAUGUUCAAAUCCUAAAAGGUUUAUCUUUAAGAAUUGAACCUGGUAAAACAGUUGCAUUCGUAGGUCCUAGUGGUUGUGGUAAAAGUACAGUAGUUCAAUUACUAAUGAGAUUAUAUAAUAUACAAAAAGGCCGUAUAUUGCUUGAUUCUAAUGACAUUACAACUUUAAAUACGAAAUGGUUGCGUCAUAAAAUUGGUAUAGUCUCUCAAGAGCCCAUCCUUUUUGCUACAUCUAUACUAGAGAACAUCAGAUUUGGUUGCGAAGGAGCUACGGAAGCGCAAGUUAUCGAAGCUGCGAAAAAUGCCAACGCUCACGAUUUCAUUUCUCGACUGCCUGAUUCAUAUAACACAAUGGUGGGUGAGAGAGGUGCUCAACUUUCUGGCGGUCAAAAACAAAGAAUCGCUCUAGCCAGAGCUUUGGUGUCUAACCCAAAGAUAUUGUUUUUGGAUGAGGCAACAUCCGCCUUAGAUACGCAAAGCGAAGCUAUUGUCCAAAAAGCUUUGGAUAAAGCUUCUAAGGGUCGUACGACUUUGGUUAUAGCUCACAGAUUGUCAACUGUCCGCAAUGCUGAUCUUAUAGUUGCUAUUUCUGAAGGCGUAGUUGCUGAACAAGGUACACACGAUGAACUUAUGGAGAAAGGCGGUCUGUACUCGGAUCUUGUUAAACAACAAAUACAAGAAAUGGAAGGAGAAGGAAGUGACGAUGACGAAGAGGAAGUGACUGAUGUUGUUGAGGAGAAAAUACCCUUAGCCCCGAAACGUUUGACUAGUAUGAGAAGGAGUUCGGCAAAGAGGAGACUUCGUUCUCAAAGAACUGUUAGCGUACAAGAAUUAGAAAAGGAAGAAGAACAAAAAUUACCCGAAGCUCCGUUAUCAAGGAUAGUUAAAAUAAACUCCCCCGAAUGGUUUCAAUUGGUAAUGGGAUCUAUUUGCGCUCUUCUAAACGGUGUUAUGAUGCCGAUGUUUAGCUUACUAUUUAGUGAAUUUUUGGGAAAUUUUUCAAAACCAGAAGAUGUUCAGAAGAGAAGAGCGAAUCUUUACGCUGUGAUUAUGGCAAGUUUUGGUUUUGCAGGCUUUCUUUUCGUAUCCGGUAGAAUGUAUUUGUUUGGUGUUGCUGGUGAAAAUUUAACUAUGCGCCUACGUCAAAUGGCUUUUAAGUCUAUGCUAAGAAUGGAAAUGGGUUAUUUUGAUGAUCAAAAGAAUCAAGUUGGUGCUUUAACUUCACGUUUAGCUAUUGAUGCCGCCAAUGUUAAAGGUGCAGUUGGAUCUCAAUUAUCUACUGUAUUUUUCUCUCUUGCUAAUGCUGGUACAGCGGUUAUUGUUGGUUUUGUAUUCAGUUGGAAAUUGUCGCUACUUAUUCUUGUCUUUACACCACCGCUUUUGCUUAGUGGUAUUGUUCAAGGUAAAAUUGUCUCGUCGUUCAAUAGUGGGGGAAGGACGGCGGUUGAAGGCGCUCAGGCUAUUGCAUCUGAAGCCAUCAGCCAAAUAAGAACCGUAGUACAAUUAACGAGAGAAGAUUACUUUGAACAAAGAUAUGGAAAGUUUUUGGACGAAGAGUAUGGAAAUGGUAAAAAGAAGAGUCUAGUUUUCGCGUUCACUUACGCUUUCGCCCAAAGUGUUCUUUUCUACGCUUACGCUGCUGCCUUCGGUCUUGGUUCAAAAUUGGUUGACGACGGUUUAGAAUAUACCAGUGUCUUCCGUGUUUUUUCAGCUUUGACUAUUGGUGCUCAAUCUGUUGGAAGAUCAUCGGCUUUUUCAUUAGAUUACGGUAAAGCAAAAUUAUCAGCAUCAAAACUUUUUGCCCUUUUUGAUAGAAAAAGUGAAAUUGAUCCCACAACUACUAACGGUGUUAAGCCUACUACUGUCAAAGGCUCCAUUGUUUUUCAAGAUGUUAAAUUUAGAUAUCCAACUAGAUUGGAGGUACCCGUUUUACAAGGUUUAAAUUUAUCUGUUGAAAAAGGUCAAACCUUAGCUCUAGUUGGUAGUUCUGGCUGCGGAAAAUCAACAACAAUAUCUUUAUUGGAGAGAUUUUAUAAUCCCAGAAAUGGUAUUGUGACACUAGAUGGGGAAGAUAUCUCCAAUUAUAAUACAUCAUAUUUGCGUUCCAAAAUUGGUAUUGUUACCCAAGAGCCGACUUUAUUCGACUGUUCAAUUGCCGAGAACAUAGCGUACGGUGAUAAUUCAAAAACACUUAGUAUGACUGAUAUUAUAGAAGCGGCUAAAUCGGCUAAUAUUCAUAAUUUUAUUCAAACAUUACCGAUGGGUUAUGAUACUAAUGUUGGAGCAAAGGGAACUCAACUAUCAGGAGGUCAAAAGCAAAGAAUUGCUAUUGCCCGUGCUCUAGUCAGAGAUCCAGUUAUUUUACUCUUAGACGAAGCUACUAGCGCAUUAGAUGCCGAAAGUGAAAAAGUCGUACAAGAAGCUCUUGAAAAAGCCCAAAAGGGUCGAACUUGCAUAGUCAUUGCCCAUAGAUUAUCAACGAUACAAAAUUCAGAUUCAAUCGCAGUAAUAGACUUAGGUAGAGUGGUUGAGCAAGGAAGUCAUCAACAACUUUUGAAUGAGCAAGGUUUCUAUUACGAUUUACAACAAGCCCAAGCUGGCAAUAAGAAGAAGGAAGACUGAUUUUAACAAUGUUACUCUAUUCAAUAUACCAACUCCUCUUUUCUCUUUUUUUUUAGCUAUUUUUCUCUGUUAAAAUACUUGUUUUAAACGAUUUUUAUCUGCAGUAUUUUCACAUUAACUAUAAACAGAAUAUAUAUCUAUGCUAUUAUAUACUGUAUAUAUAUAAUCUGUAUAUAAAGUAUUUAUACAUAUGUUAGAAUAAACAAACAAACAAUCAAAUAAACGGC